UUGCCCACGGUCAGUCAGUCAGUCACGACUCAGAACAAUGUCAGCUCAUGACCCAUCGGCACACUAGGCAGAAGCGGGUAAUGACCUCGGGAGGAAAGCCGCGACUGACCGUCUUCUCGGAGCCAUACCUAAUCCGUUCGCCGAGCCGAGGCUCCCUUCUCCCCGCGGCAGCGUCACAAUCCCCAGAGUAUUAUUGCUGUAACUAACUGGCUUGCUCCGGAGUACCGACCGACCGCUUGCUAAUACUUAGGUCUGCCUUCUGUCCUUCCGGCUCUCUGUCUUUCUCACCCUUCUACUUCGCCUGUCUCUUGAUACCCCUCCGUCUGCGUUUUGCUCCAGCGAUUCGAUUCUUCCUCCCCUUACCACCUUCUCACCCCAACCCUCAGACCCGGUCUCCCCCACGCGAACGUUUUCCCUCCUACCAUGUCGACCACAUCUACGUCAGCCCCUCCCCCGAUUUCAGACGAGGUCUCGGUCACCGAGACCAAGGCUGUCAAUCAAACAAUUGCACAGAUCCGCUCUCUCGUAGCGGGUGGAGUGGGUGGUGUGUGCGCGGUCAUUGUCGGGCAUCCUUUCGACUUGGUCAAGGUGCGGUUGCAAACUGCAGAAAGAGGCGUCUAUACUGGUGCUAUAGACGUGGUGAAGAAGACAGUGACACGCGAAGGUCUUGCUCGCGGAUUAUACGCGGGUGUUUCGGCUCCCCUGGUGGGAGUGACUCCUAUGUUUGCCGUCAGCUUCUGGGGAUAUGAUGUCGGAAAAACGCUUGUCAGCAAGUUGUCCACGGUAGAGGUGAAACACAACACCCCGCAAUACAGCAUCGGCCAAAUCUCUGCAGCGGGUUUCUUUUCGGCAAUCCCGAUGACCCUGAUCACAGCUCCCUUUGAGCGCGUCAAGGUGCUUCUACAGAUUCAAGGUCAAAACCCGCCUCCGCCGGGUCAGAAGCCCAAGUACUCGGGCGGCUUGGAUGUGGUGCGCCAGUUAUACAAGGAGGGGGGCAUUCGCAGCGUGUUCCGAGGUAGCGCGAUGACUCUGGCUCGUGACGGUCCUGGUUCGGCGGCAUACUUCGCGGCGUACGAGUACAUCAAGCGGACGUUGACGCCCAAGGACGAGCAGGGGCGUGUCACAGGCGAAUUGUCCAUGCCCGCUGUGCUGGCAGCAGGUGGAGCUGCUGGAAUUGCCAUGUGGAUCCCCGUCUUCCCUGUCGAUACCAUUAAAUCCCGCCUUCAGAGUGCCCCCGGUCGGCCAACGAUCGGAGGAACCAUCCGUACUGUCUAUGCCAGCGGUGGCUUCAAGGCUUUCUUCCCCGGAUUCGGUCCAGCACUGGCCCGUGCGGUCCCAGCUAAUGCAGCGACUUUUGCUGGCGUCGAGUUGGCUCACAACCUUAUGAAGAAAUACUUCGAUUGAACGAGGUCAUACAGAUCCCGGUGAUCUGAUUGAUGAUCUUCAUGCCAUUUAUCUCGCGUCGCGGGCACAUAGUCUGCAAAUACUGGGCAAUCGAACAUCUAUACCUUGCUAGAGAUUCCUGUCGUUGCGGUAUGCAGGACAGUAGAAUAAAUGUGAUAGAACCAAUGUGCCUAUUUGGAAGGCGACUCAACACAUAGAUCACAAUACGAG